GAAAUUCCCAUAAACGGAGUUAACUACAAGGGUUUGAUAAGGCAUACACUGGCUCCGACAACAACCAAAUGUUGGGAAAAUGCAAAAUCUCAGUCAUUCUACGCUAGGGACAACGUUUCGAAUUUUCUCAAAUGGUGUCGAAAGUUUGGGGUCAGGGAUGCCGUUCUCUUCGAGAGCAAACUCUUGUUAUCUCACUUUCAUUACGCAAACAGCGAGGAUCUGGUGUCUCACGUGAAUCCCCGCAAUGUAGUGCUAUGUUUGCUAGAAAUCGCACGAAUCGCGUGCACUAAGCACUCGUUCAGUCCGGCGCCGGGAUUAGUGCAGUUUGAACAGGAGAUCGACGAACUGGAAAACGAGACCAUCGAUGGC